AUGUCGAGCGGCGACGAGUACGCCACCCCACACUCAGACCCUCACGAAACAGACUCCGACUCCGACCAAGAUGCCGACCUCGACGUCGCGCACGGAGCUUCCACGUCAGCCGAAGUGAGAAGAGCACAGAAUGCUGCCUUUGAGCUCUUUGCUGCGACCAAGACUGAGGAGAUUACGGAGAAGGUGGUGAAGGAGGCUAUCAAGAGUUCCAAGGAUGAAGAGCUGUCCAUUCGGGAUAUCUUGGCCAAGCAGGAGAACAUUGCGAAGAUUACGAAUCCGAGGGAUUAUCAGACUGAGUUGUUUCAGCGUGCAAAGGAGGAGAAUAUCAUUGCGGUGCUGGAUACGGGUACGGGCAAGACGCAUAUUGCGACUUUGCUGCUGAGACAUAUACUCGAUAAGGAGUUGGAGGAUCGUGCAAAGGGUGCGCCUCAUAAGAUUGCUUUCUUUCUGGUCAAUUCCGUCAAUCUCGUCUUCCAGCAAUCAAACGUCCUGCAGUGUGGUCUCGAUCAUAAAGUCCAACCCAUAUGCGGCUCUAUGGGGCCGUCAUUGUGGUCAAAAACGACCUGGGAGAAGUACUUCGAGAGCAACAUGGUCAUUGUGUGCACAGCACAAGUGCUCUACGAAUGCAUGAUGCAUUCUUUCAUGAAUAUCCGGAGGAUCAACCUGCUCAUUUUUGACGAAGCUCAUCAUGCGAAGAGCGAUCAUCCGUUCGCACGGAUUAUCAAGGACUAUUAUCUCUGUGAACCAGACCCAGCUCAGCGCCCGCGAGUCUUCGGUAUGACAGCUUCACCCGUUGAUGCUAAUGUCGACGUUCAGCAAGCAGCGAGAGAAUUAGAGGCAUUGCUGCACUGCAAGAUUGCCACUACAUCAGACAUGACCCUCCUGGCAAAUCACAUUACCCGUCCGAACGAGCAGGUCGCUUUGUAUGACAAACUCCAGCCACCAUUCAGGACGCCUUUCCAUGAGGAGCUCAAGAAACGCUAUGGCGACAUUCCAGUAUUCCGGAAACUGUUUACGAAUGCGGAAAUCAUUGCUUCGGAGUUGGGUCCCUGGGCUUCAGAUUACUACUGGACUUUUGCUUUCUCAGAGCAAGAGGCGGCGAAGACGGAGGCACGAGUUCAGCGCCAAUUUCACAAGGAGCAAGAGGAGGACACGGUGAAGAAGCUCGAUGAGGAUAUAGCACAAUUGCAGGAGGCAGCCAAAUUUGUUCAGAGCCUCGAAUUUCGACCACCAACGCCGACGGCGGAGGACCUGAGCUCGAAGGUCCUUGUCCUCCAUGGCUGGCUCCAUCUCUACUACUGCAAAACUGCUGAGGCUCGGUGCAUUGUCUUUGUAGAACGGCGUUCCACUGCCAGGCUGUUGAAUACUAUAUUCACAUACUUGGGAGACCCGAAUCUCCACAACGAUAUCCUUGUCGGCAGUACAUCUAGGCUCUCCGACGAGAACGUCUCAUUGAAAGCGCAGGUUAUGACGGUGGCCAAAUUUCGGCGAGGAGACCUCAACUGUCUCUUCGCCACCUCGGUCGCGGAAGAAGGUCUGGAUAUACCGCAGUGUAACCUGGUAGUACGGUUCGAUUUGUACAAAACCAUGAUCGCCUAUGUCCAGUCGCGGGGAAGGGCCAGGCAUAAAAACUCAAAGUACCUCCACAUGCUCGAGAGAGACAAUCUGGCGCAUCGAACUACCCUUGCCAAUGCCCUGCACUCCGAGCAGCUCAUGCGAAACUUCUGUAAUGGGCUGUCCAGCGAUCGCCUUCUGGACGAUGAUAACGAACAGAUAGCGAAGCUGCUCGCCAAUGAUCAAGGGUUUCCCGCGUAUACGGAACCAACGUCCGGUGCAAAACUCACUUUUAGGUCCAGUCUCGCUGUGCUUGCACAUUUCGUUGCAACUCUUCCGACAACAAAUCAAGAAGUGGCUCUACAGCCCACAUACGUCGUUGAUCGGGAUGCUGGAAAGUUCGUUUGUGAAGUUAUACUGCCGGAGUGCUCACCCAUCAUUUCCAUGCGUGGCCAUCCACAGAGGAGAAAAGCUCUGGCGAGGUGUUCUGCCGCGUUUCAGAUGUGUCUAGAGCUGCGCAGAAAAGGGUUUCUGGACGAAUCUUUUCUUUCCACGCUCAAGCGAAAGCUUCCCGCUAUGCGAAAUGCCCUGUUGGCGAUCAGUGCGAAGAAGAAGGACCAGUAUCCCAUGCGGAUCAAGCCCGAGUACUGGAACUACGGGUUUGAUACCAUCCCUAAGCGGUUCUAUCUUACAGUUCUGGAUGCUAGGAAUGGACUUGAGCGUCCGCAUCAACCUAUCGGUCUCGUCACUCGCCAGCCAUUUCCGCAGUUGCCACAGUUUCCGAUUUAUCUCCCGAACGGGACUCCCUCUGAUAUUGUGUCUCUACCAAUGACUACGGCGUUCGAGGCCACCAAGGAGAAGCUGGAAUUGUUUACCAAACUGACCCUGCAGGUCUACAGCGAGAUUUUCGCCAAAGUCUUCGAAUACGAUGAAGCCAAGAUGUCGUACUGGAUAGUCCCGCUGGAUGCUGACAAAACCAAGGGGCUAUCUGGGAGUGAAGAUCCAGAAUCACUGGUCGAUUGGGAUCAGGUCCGUGAGAUCUGCGACAAAGGCGAAUACCGCUGGACCCCGGAAAUGAGCCACGAAUUCCUUGCAGACAAGUACAUUGUAGAUCCGAACGAUGGUGGAAGACGAUUCUAUUCGAAGUGUGUGGCCCCCCAGUACAAGGCGACCGAUCCAGUGCCAGGUGAUGCUCCAGCGUACAAGUACAUGGAAAGUAUCUUGGACUAUUCCAUCAGUCUAUGGGCAAAGUCUCGGGUCAAAUGGCAGAAUGUUUGGGACCGAUCUCAGCCUGUGGUGGAAGUCGAGAAGAUCCCGUUCCGACGCAACUUCCUCGCUCACGUAGAGAAGGACGAAAAUGAAGUGUUGAAGAACCCGAUUGCCUACGUCUGCCCGCAACCGCUCAGGAUAUCGGCGCUCACUACCCGCUUUGUAGCCAUGUGCUACGUGUUCCCCGCCAUCAUUCAUCGGUUUGAAGCAUACCUUACGGCACUGGACGCUUGCAAACGGCUUGAUCUUCGGGUGGGUCCAGGGCUGGCACUUGAAGCGCUCACAAAGGACUCGGAAAAUACCGAGGAACACGGGGUGGAGCAAGUCAGAUUCAAGAGCGGAAUGGGUCCAAACUAUGAACGAUUGGAGUUCAUGGGAGACUGCUUUUUGAAGAUGGCGACGUCGAUAUCAACGUUCGUCCAGCAGCCUGAUGAAAGCGAAUUCGAGUUCCAUGUUCGCCGCAUGUGCAUGCUGUGCAACAAGAAUCUGUUCCGGGCGGCCAUGAAGUACAACUUGUACGAAUAUGUGCGGUCGAUGGCGUUUUCCCGUCGUACUUGGUACCCGGAGGGACUCAAAUUGACGAAGGGCAAGGGAAUGAAACGGACUGGUCCCAACGUCAUCAAGCACCAGUUAGGAGACAAGACAAUAGCCGACGUCUGCGAAGCCUUCAUCGGAGCCGCCUUCAUGGAGCACAACAAGCGGGAGAAAUGGGAACCCCAAACCUGGGACGAAGUCGUCAAAGCUGUCAAGAUCCUCGUCGACUCGGAAGACCACCUGAUGGAAAAGUUCUCGGACUACUACACGGCUUACGAAAAGCCCAAAUACCAACUCGCCGAAGCCACGGCGUCGCAGCUGGACCUAGCCGAGAAGAUCGAGAAAGUGCAUCCGUACCACUUCAAAUACCCUCGUCUCCUUCGGUCCGCCUUCAUCCACCCUUCGCAGGCCUUCAUGUGGGAGAAGAUUCCCAAUUACCAGCGCUUGGAAUUCCUGGGUGAUGCAUUGCUCGACCAAGUCUUCAUUAUGCACAUGUUCUAUAAGUAUCCAACCAAAGAUCCGCACUGGCUCACUGAGCACAAGUCCCCCAUGGUCUCAAACAAAUUCCUCGGCGCCCUCUGCGUCUCCCUAGGCUUCCACACGCACAUCCGCCAGAACAACGCCGCGCUCACCUCUCAGAUAAAAGACUACGUCACCGAAGUGCAAGAAGCGGCGAGCGAAGCAGAAAAGACGGGCGCCGUGGACUACUGGACACGCGUGGGUACCGAACCGCCCAAGUGCCUCGCCGACGUCGUCGAAGCCUACGUAGCCGCCAUGUUCGUCGACUCGGAGUUCGACUUCCGCGUCGUGCAGACCUUCUUCGACAUGCACAUCCGGCGCUUCUUCGAGGACAUGACGCUGUACGACCACUUUGCCGACUCGCACCCCGUGACGCGGCUGCAGCAUCUCAUCGCCGUCAACUUUGGGUGCCGGAAUUGGCGGCAGGAUUACCGGACGCAGGAAUCGGUGAUCCCGGGGCAACCAAAUCAGGUCAUUGCUAUGGUGCAGGUGCAUUGCCAGGUCAGGUUUUGGGCGACGGGGGUGAGUAUACGGUAUGCGAAGAUCAAGACGGCGAAGCAGGCGGUCGAGGCGUUGGAGGGGUUGCCGGUUUUUGAGUUUAAGCGGAGGUUUGGGUGUGAUUGUGUGGAUGAGGUGGGUGCGGACGUGUUGGUGGGGGAGGCGGACGGGGACGGGGAGGAGGGGAUGGAAGGAGUGCAAGUGGAAGUGGAUGGGGAGUGUGGAGGUAAUGGGAAGUUUGGAAGUGAGGUCGAGGGUAUGGAGGUGCGGGAGGGGAGUAGAGCUCGUAUGGAGGUGAUUGCGGAUGAGGCUGCGGUCGCGGCUGCGGCGAGUGCUAUCGACUUGGAGUAG